UCAAAAAUUCUGUGUUCUUCUUUGUUCUACAAUUCAGAUUGCUUGAAUCUCUUCAAUCCUUGCUUGUUUCACAGCAGCAUCAUGGGGAGGGAGCCACGUGCUGUACGAGUUGAGCAGAACCCGAACGGUGUUGGUCGUGACAUAGUUUAUGUUGCGCCGAGAGUUGCACAAAGAAACAUUGAGGCUAAGGAGUAUGAAGUGAAGAAAUGUACUGAAGAAAACUUGAUCAUUGAGAAAUAUCAUGAGAAGCAAGAAGUUUUGAGUGUUAAAAGUACGAAUCUUGAUGUGGAGGAGAAAUAUGAGAAGCUUGGAGAGUAUAAGAAGUCAAGCCCGAUUGGAUCGAAAUCUCCGGGAAGUAUGCGAGGGCAGUACACUGUUCCUCAGCCGUUUACGUUGGAAACGGAGAAGCGCGGUCCGUGUACACAUAGUAACGGGAAUGAUGCAACUACUACUGCUGGUGUCAACAUUUCGCCAAAUUUGCAUUGUCCUAGUGCUAAGAAGAACUCUCAGCCGAGUUCGCCUCUUUCGUUAAGGAAGCAUGUAAAGUACCACGACGAAGAAGAUAAUUGGUCCAUCACUUCCUCUACUGCUACUUCUGUGAAAUCUAAGGUAACUGUUGGCGUGGCUCCGACUUUCCGUUCAGCUGGUCGUGCCGAGAGAAGGAAGGAGUUUUAUAAUAAGUUGGAGGAGAAACACCAAGCUUUGCAGGCUGAGAAAAGCCAAUAUGAAGCUAGAACAAAGGAAGAGCAAGAAGCAGCCAUCAAGCAGCUGAGGAAGAGCUUAAUCAUCAAAGCAAACCCAGUCCCUACUUUCUACUAUGAAGGACCUCCACCCAAAGUUGAACUCAAGAAGCUUCCACUGACUCGACCCAAGUCGCCAAAUUUCACAAGGAGAAGGAGCUGUGGCGACGCAGCAGUUACCUCAAAUAUAGAGAAGGGCAAAGUAUGUGGUCGAGUGAAACGACAUAGCCUCGGUAGUAUCAGAGCGGAGAUGACAACUCCGAAAGCUAAGACGCAGCUAAUCAGUGGACGGAAUAGCGGUAUGAAGGUGAAGGAGAGAGUAAAUCAAGAGAAGGAGACAACAAAAACAAGUGGUGCUAAGAUUCCUGAGCAGAGAAACAAUUUGGACAUAACAGUUGAGUCAUGAACUGAGUUCAUCAUCUUGUAUGUUGCAUUGUUGGUGUUUUGUUUUUGAGUUUUAACUGGAUUUUGGUAAUAUGAAAUUUGUAAAUGUUUUGUAGUUAUGAUUUGUACUGACAAGAUGUGUUCUUACUAGUAGUUGUGCUUAGAGAAAGAGUGUGUUCUUGGUGAUCUGGGAAUGGUUUUUGAAGAUUAUGCUCAACAUUUGGGGCUGCUA